CAGAUCUUUGCGUUUGAGAAUUGGCAGUCUGUUUCCGUAUUAAGUUGGCGUCACUUAUUGAGGAGGAGACAAUUUGUCAAAAAAAAUUCUAUGCAGUCAGCAUCGUGAUACGACUGCACAGGGAAGCCAACCCAGUAGGCUUCUCCUGAUUGUACCAACAGCAGCAUGUCUCUUGAGAUCGAAGCCACAGAUGUCAUUAAAAUCAUCCUGCAGUUCUGCAAGGAGAACUCCUUGACAGACUCCUUUGCAGCGAUACAAAAGGAGUGCCAGGUGUCCCUGAACACGGUAGACAGCUUGGAGGGCUUCGUGGCAGACAUCAACGCUGGGAGAUGGGACGCUGUGCUCCCAGCAGUUGCGCAGCUCAAGCUGCCACGUGCAACACUAGAGGACCUCUAUGAGCAGGUGGUGCUGGAAAUGGUUGAGCUGAGGGAGAUCGACACGGCGCGCACGAUCCUGCGCCAGACGGCCGUCUUUGCACGCAUGAAGCUGGAUGAGCCGGACCGCUUCCUGCGCCUGGAGCACCUUUGCGGGCGGACCUACUUCGACAUCAGGGAGGUGUACGGGGCGACGCCCAAGGACAAGCGGAGGGCGCAGGUGGCGCAUGCAGUGUCACAGGAGGUCUCCACCGUGCCCCCCUCGCGGCUCAUGGCGCUCAUAGGGCAGGCCCUCAAAUGGCAGCAGGCGCAGGGCUUACUGCCAGCGGGGACGGCGUUCGACCUGUUCCGGGGUCAGGCCCAGGGGACGCGCGAUGAAAUAGAGCGAUUCCCCACGCAGCUCGACCGCACGCUCAAAUUCGGGAAGAAGAGUCACCCGGAAAUCGCGCGCUUCACGCCGGACGGGACCUCGCUCAUCACUGGCAGCGUGGACGGCUUCAUAGAGGUGUGGGAUGUGGUGAGCGGGCGGCUGCGCAAGGACCUGCAGUUCCAGGCGGAUGAGCAGUUCAUGAUGCAUGACACCGCUGUGAUAGCGCUCGCUGUCUCGCGAGACUCAGAGCUGCUGGCGUCAGGCUCACAGGACGGGAAGAUCAAGGUGUGGAAGAUAAAGACGGGUCAGUGCCUGCGGCGGUUUGAGUCCGCGCACUCGCAGGGCGUGACAUCAGUGGCCUUCUCACGAGACGGCUCUCAUGUUCUGAGCGCGUCCUAUGACGGUUUGGCGCGCGUUCACGGCCUCAAAUCAGGGAAAAUGCUGAAGGAGUUCCGGGGGCACACGUCGUAUGUAAACCAUGCCAUCUACUCGCCGGACGGCACGCAGGUGAUUACGGGUUCCAGCGACAGCACGGUGCGCGUGUGGGACGGCAAAACCUGCGAUUGCAUCGCCAGCUUCCGGCCCCCGCAGGCACUGGCGGGCGGAGAGCGUGCGGUGUUGGACGUCCAUCUGCACCCGCACAACGUGGACCACCUCAUUGUCUGCACCCGUUCAUCCACAGUCUUCCUCAUGACCCUGCAAGGCCAGGUGGUGAAGUCGCUGCAGAGUGGCAAGCGCGAGGGCGGUGACUUUGUGGGGAGCUGGGUGUCGCCGCGUGGGGACUGGAUCUACUGCCUCGGCGAAGACGCCAUCCUCUACUGCUUCGGCUCAGCCGCCGGCAAACUUGAGCACCUGCUGCAGGUGGCGGACAAGGGCCCGAUUGGGCUGGCGCAGCAUCCACACAGGAAUCUUGUGGCCACGUGGGCGGACGAGGGCGUGCUGAAGCUUUGGAAGGCCUGA